GCUUUGAGAUCCUCUGGCGUUGAGGGGAUCGCUGUGAACUCCGGUUUCUCCUACCUGGCAGCGCCUCUUCCUCUGGACCCUCGCUGGUUGAUACUGCUCAAUAUGAGACGGUCUGCAGCACCAAGUCAGUUGCAAGGGAAUCCUUUAAAAAAACCAAGAUUUAUACCACCAGCAAGAAGUGAUCCAGGUCUGAAUGAAGAGGUUCCUGCAAAUAAGAAUGCAUUUCUCCAGUCACAAAAUGAUCCCAGAAUAUGCAGUUUUAAUCUGCCUCCUGAAGAAAGCGCUAGAGGAAUUAAUCGUGAGGAUAAUUACAGGGAAAAAUAUCAUUUGGAAGCUUCUGCAAAGACAACAUUAGAUCUACAUCAUACAGCUCAUUCAGCCCCUAAAGAAAUAAUAGUGUGUAAUGGACAAGAAGAGGAACCUGAUAGCCCAGUUAAAUAUUUCAGUGUUGUUUGGUGUAAGGCUUCAAAGAAAAAACACAAAAAGUGGGAAGGUGAUGCUGUUCUUAUUAUAAAAGGAAAGUCAUUUGCAUUAAAGGAUUUGGAAGGCAAAGACAUUGGAAGAGGCAUUGGAUAUAAAUUUAAAGAACUUGAAAAGAUUGAAGAGGGUCAAACAAUGAUGAUUGGUGGAAAAGAAAUAGAAGUCAUGGGUGUAAUCUCUCCAGAUGAUUUCAGCAGUGGCAGAUGUUUUCAGCUUGGACUUUCUGGGGCCUUAAAUUCUUCUCAAACUCCCAAGAAGUGUGUCUCUAACCCUUUUAAAAGUGUCUGUAAACUAAAUUCAAAGGAAAAUAGACAGAAUGGCUUCCAGAAUUGCAAACCACGUCAUGAUCCAUAUGCACCAAAUUCCCUUGUUAUGCUACGACCAGAUAAUAAUCACCAGUGGAUGUUCAAUAAGAACCAUUUUCCUAUUGUGGAUGUAGUAAUAGAUCCUCACCUUGUGUAUCACCUUCGACCACAUCAGAGAGAAGGAAUCAUAUUCCUUUAUGAAUGUGUGAUGGGAAUGAGGGUGAACGGCAGAUGUGGAGCUAUUCUUGCUGAUGAAAUGGGUUUAGGGAAAACAUUGCAAUGUAUUUCACUCAUCUGGACUCUACAGUGUCAGGGACCCUAUGGCGGGAAGCCGGUAAUAAAGAAGACACUUAUUGUUACACCCGGAAGCUUGGUGAAUAAUUGGAGGAAAGAAUUUCAAAAAUGGUUAGGAAGUGAAAGAAUCAAGAUAUUUACUGUUGAUCCGGACCACAAAGUAGAAGAAUUCACCAAAUCACCUUUGUAUUCUGUUCUUAUCAUCAGUUAUGAAAUGUUACUUCGAUCCCUGGAUCAAAUUAAGAAUAUAAAAUUUGAUCUUCUAAUUUGUGACGAAGGGCAUCGUUUGAAGAACAGUGCCAUUAAGACAACUACAGCCCUCUUUAGCCUCCCUUGUGAGAAAAGGAUAAUUCUAACUGGUACUCCAGUUCAGAAUGAUCUCCAAGAAUUUUUUUCAUUAAUUGAUUUUGUAAAUCCAGGAAUAUUAGGUUCUUUGUCAUGUUAUAGAAAAAUAUAUGAAGAACCCAUCAUUACAUCAAGACAACCUUCUGCUUCUCAGGAAGAAAAGGAGUUAGGAGAGAGAAGAGCAUGUGAACUUACGUGCCUCACUGGGCUCUUUAUCCUCAGAAGAACCCAAGAAGUCAUAAAUAAAUAUCUUCCACCUAAAAUAGAGAAUGUUGUCUUUUGCCGACCAGGAGCACUACAGAUUGAACUUUAUCGAAAGCUGUUGAAUUCUCAGGCUGUCAGAUUCUGUCUUCAAGGACUGAUGGAAAAUAGUUCUCAUCUAAUAUGUAUUGGAGCCCUUAAAAAACUGUGCAAUCACCCCUGCCUUUUGUUCAGCUCAGUAAAGGAAAAAGAAUGCAGUUCAGCUUGGGAUGAGAAUGAAGAAAGAAGACUGUAUGAAGACUUGCUAAAGGUGUUCCCCCCUGAUUACAACCCGCUCAUGUUUGCUGAGGAAGAGUCAGGAAAACUGCAGGUGCUGUCCAAGCUCUUAGCUGUUAUCCAUGAACUUCGUCCUGCUGAAAAGGUGGUGUUGGUAUCCAACUAUACACAAACCUUGAAUAUUUUACAAGAAGUGUGCAGGCGUCGUGGAUAUGGCUGUACAAGACUCGAUGGACAAACACCGAUCUCUCAAAGGCAGCAGAUUGUUGAUGGCUUUAAUAGUAAAUACUCUUCUGAUUUUAUUUUUUUGUUAAGUUCCAAAGCUGGUGGUGUGGGACUUAACCUUAUUGGAGGAUCUCACUUAAUUCUCUAUGACAUUGAUUGGAAUCCAGCCACUGAUAUCCAGGCAAUGUCUAGAGUAUGGAGAGAUGGUCAGAAACAUCCCGUACAUAUUUAUAGACUCCUAACCACAGGUACAAUAGAAGAAAAGAUCUAUCAAAGGCAGAUCAGUAAGCAAGAUCUUUCUGGGGCAGUUGUGGACCUAACCAAGACAUCGGAUCAUAUUCAGUUUUCAGUUGAGGAACUUAAAAAUUUAUUCACAUUACACGAAAAUUCACAUUGUGUUACUCACGACCUGCUUGACUGUGAAUGUACAGGAGAAAACCAUCCAGGUGAUUCAUUGGAAAAAUUCCCUCUCUCUAGAAAUUGUCAGCUUGGUCCACAUCAACAGAAGUCUAACUCCCUGAAACCUCUCUCCAUGUCACAGCUGAAGCAGUGGAAACAUUUUUCUGGAGAUCAUUUAAAUCUUUCAGAUCCUUUUCUUGAAAGAAUAAGAGGGAAUGUGUCAUUCUUUUUUCAGAAUAUAACCAAUCAAACAACUGCUACAUAAUGAAAUAUUACUUUAUGAUAUUACUUUUCUCCUCCCUUAAAAAAAAAAUCUUCUAAGCAAAUGUAAUUUUGGGAAACAAAAGAAUUAUUUUAAUAAUAAUAUAUUUUGUUGCAAAAUAUGUCAUAGUUUUGAUACAAUAGUCAAAGCUAUUGAGUUGUUUAAUUUUUUGUAUAUAUUCUUAAAUAUUAAGCAUUAAAGACAUACUUCUGACAUCCUA